AAUUGCGAAUUCAAUGAUCUUCAAGGGUCCUUCUGUCCACCUGCACGAACAGCACCAGAAACAAAAAACCACACACACUCUCUCCGGACCAGUGUCUCUUCCUCCCCCCCUUCUGCAGAAGCAAGCGUCCAUUCGCUUGGAUGAUCUUUACUACACGCGACCACCCCUAACCCCAACGACCGUUCUCACCGGGAGCUGUUUCUGCAGUAUUAUCCAGAACUGCUUGUAUCUAUUCAACUGGUUGGUUCUUCUCUCUUUUGCGCCACCCACACAGUUCUAGUCGAAACAUGCCACUAUGAGAUCGUCGGUUCAGCAAGAGAAUGACACAGGAGAAGUGAGACCCUUUGGAGUUGUCAGUGUCUAGGAGUGUUUAUGCACUUUGACAUGCAGGUGUACGGUAGCCAUGAUCGACGUCGGUGACUGUAACCAGACUAAAAAGCUUAGGCGAUACGGUAGGUUGCAAGGGACGUUACGGUAGGAUUUGGGUACGUACAGCUGGGAACCGUAUUCAUCUUGACAGCUGCAGGUUUGGAUUACAAACCUGUAUCCUCGGACAUUAUGAACGCCACGGAUGCGAACAGCGAGCGGCUACAUAGUAUUUCUAAUAUAGGAGAGUUCAGGAUAGUCUAUGAAUUUCUAAAGUCUAAUAAGUAUUAUCUAAGAAGGCAAACCAGAAUAAAUAUUUCUUUCCGUUCUAUCACCCAUUUUGGCUGUUGAUUGUCCUCUCUGAUCCUCCUUUCUCCACCGCACGUCAUCGUCCGCGAGACGCCACCGUCGCCAUCCCACUGACCCCGACGGUAACGGCGUUCUUUUAACCACUGGUUGUGUGUGAGUGUGUGUACCCAUAAACUUGUUGCCACCGUUCAUCACCAUUUCGAGCACUGCAGGCUGCAUUUGUUCUUGUGAACGCCCUGUACGUGUGUUACUGCAAUACAACACGCCUUUUCUGCUGUGCUCCCUGAACUCUUCUCAACUCUUCUCAGCUCAACCACAUCUCUUUACUUCUUCUUCUACACCGACUGGCACUAAAAGUCUGGGCUCGUUGGUUGGAGCACCAUCAGUAACGUACGUCAGGACCCUUCGAAUCUGAAGUUCGGCUACCGUCUAAUUUACUGUCACAGCCUCUGACCUCCCCUAGGUUUUAGGCCCAUCACCCCCUGACCCCUACCAGUGGUGACACCCCCAGCCCAGGGCCCCCUCACCCCCCCUUCUUCUUGGCUUGUUUCCAAGUCUUCCAGGGAUCGGAUUGAUAGACCCCACCAACUGCCCGCUUCUCUUCUUGACCUAGCCUAGCCUAAAGGAAGAGGGUAGCCUUCGUUCAUCCAUUCAUUCAUCUUUAUCUCUGGUGCAUUUGCAUUUCUUAAUCUACCUUGCCUUGCCUUACUCACUCCCGCACUACACCACAACUACACUACACUCGCACUCACCCUUCUCGGUCCUAGGUCCCCUCGCCCCCCGAGACCCUUAUUUAGCUGAAGCUAGACUUGCUGCUACUAUUCUCGAUAUAACCAACUCCAGGUCCCCUUCUUCCCAAUCCAUCACUCACUCACUUAAUCUAAUUCUCGACCUCUUCACCAUGGCUUUAUGAGCCUCGCUCAGCCUCUCUUUACCCCUGCGUCUCCAGAGAUGACGUCGACUACCCCGAUCACCGCCUUCGCUAUGCAUGAUUCCAGGACUGGCGACCGGACGCCAUUACACUAUACAAUGAAGACUCCUGCACGACACUCUCCCGGCGGACAGUCUCAUUCUAAUAAUAUUUCCCACUCACGAUCUAAUUCGUAUAACAUCAACCACUCCCAUUCUCACUCUCAAACACUUCGACCAACUAAGCCAACAAAAUCAUCGACUCCUCUCGCCUCUCCCCGGAUGCCAUACUCGGUCGGCCAGAAUCACCCUCCGCCCAAGCUUUCGCCUCGCGUGGUCUCUGACAACAGAUCACCAAGUCCUAACUAUUUUGGCCUCAUCGUCGAAUCAGCCAAUGACCGUGGAGAUUCCUCCUCAGGGCUUCCUAACGAGAAUUGGAGCCCUUCAUCAUCAGUAAAAUCCUUCCAGGCUGCGAUUCCCAAGCAGGUCCCUCUUGAUGCCAAUCCCGAGUUCGAGGCCUUCAAGAGACAGGCUGACUUCAACCGGGGCAAGUCGUUUGCUCUCUCCACCAGUCACUAUGCUCAGACGUCAGUGACAUCAAAUGGAGUUGCACCUGUGCGCCCUCGACCUCCCAGAUGGCACACCCAUGGAAGUGACACUGGCGGCCCAUCGCCAUUUGGCCGUGGCUUGAGCUCUGCCAAUGUUCGACCAGCCAGCCGAAUGGAUGUGGACCAGGAUAGCCUAGGAGACUCGGCCUAUGUGUCAUCAGACUCCAAGCGUAACUCCGAAUCAUCUCUCUACGGCCAUGUUCCAGCUCUAAACAUGCCCCGAUUCGACUCCCCGCUACCAAUGGACCCUCCACAGCAAAGAACGAGUCUAACUCGAUCUGAAGAUCGCGACCCUCGGCUAUCUGUAAUGGAACAUCGCCCCGAUCCUCCUGAUGCUCGAGAUAUUAGACGCUCUGCAACAGUACCAGCAACUCUGGAGCCUGGACAGCCUCACAUGAUCACAGGCCAACAACUACGGGAUAUUCUUCAGAGUGUGAAGCCGGAAAGACUGCUUAUUCUUGACCUUCGAUCAUCACAGAACUACGCACAGUCCAGAAUUCAAGGUGCUCUCAACCUUUGCAUACCCACUACACUUCUUAAGCGAGCCACCUUCAACAUUCAGAAACUCAAGCAGACUUUCCAGACUAGCUCUGACUCGGAGAAGUUCUCUACUUGGCAGGACACUGACUACAUCGUUGUUUAUGAUGCUCACGCCUCUGACAAGCGCGAUGCUAUUACCGCUCAGAACAUGAUCAAGAAGUUCACGAGUGAGGGGUACACUGGUGGCACCUGUAUCCUGAAGGGUGGCUUCAACUCUUUCCAGGAGAACUUCCCCGACAUGGUCGAUCACCAAUCGGCAACUGGAUCUCCUGGAAAACCCGGUCCUGGUCAUGGAGGAAUUGCACCUGUCAUCGGCGGAGUCAUGCUUCCCAAUGCCAGCAAUGACGUCAACCCGUUCUUCUCCAACAUUCGCCAGAAUAUGGACUUGGCUGAUGGUGUUGGCCAAUUGGAUGUAUCACGACCUUCAGCCCUUGACUCACCCUCUCUCCCGCGCUGGCUACGAGAGGCCGCCGCGAAGCCUGACCACGGAAAGAAGGUUUCGGACAAGUUCUUGCAUAUCGAGGUUGAUGAGCAAUCUCGUAUGAAGGCGGCAUAUGCGGCUUUCAACCCUCAGAACAAGGAUAAGCGGAGCCAGGUGCAGCUCUGUGGUGUUGAGAAGGGAGUCAAGAAUCGAUACAAAGAUAUCUUGCCUUUCGAGCAUGCUCGAGUGAAGUUGCAAGAGAAGCCUGAAGGUUCAUGUGAUUACAUCAACGCAAGCCAUCUCAAAGCUUCCCGAAGCAACAAGCAGUACAUCGCCACUCAGGGACCGCUCCCCGCCACUUUCGAGGACUUUUGGUCUGUCAUUUGGCAGCAAGAUGUGCGUGUAGUCGUCAUGUUGACUGCAGAGUCUGAAGGCGGGCAGCUCAAGUGUCAUCCUUACUGGAAGGGCAGAGACUUUGGAGCCAUUAGACUGAAGCUUCUGUCCGAAAAGAAGGUGUCUCUUGACAUCGACAAGCAUAGGUCCGACUCCCAUCACACGCCAUCGGCUUCGGCCAGCGAACAGGGACGCAAGCGCGCAAACACCACGACAACAUUCGAGUCUUCGACACCUACACCGAGACCAACUCAAGGCCCCGCAGAGACCCCCUACGUAAUCGUCCGCAAGUUUGCACUCUCUCAUACCGCUCAUCCUUUUGCGCCCAUUCGAGAGAUUACUCAUUUGCACUUUCCGUCAUGGCCUGACUUUGGUACACCUGCACAGCCAUCGCACCUGUUGGCGCUGGUUGAGCUGGCCAAUGUCAUGCAACGUUCUGCCCUCCCUGUUGAGACUUCUUCGGUGGUGGGAUCCAAGAUUACGUCACUUGAGUCACUUCCAAUUACAUGGUACGAUGAGCCCGAGGCCGAUUCUCGAGCACGACCAAUGCUGGUACACUGUUCCGCUGGAUGUGGUCGUACUGGGACAUUCUGCACUGUCGACAGUGUUAUUGAUAUGUUGAAGCGUCAGCGACAGGCCAAGAUGGAUUCGGUACGAUCUCGUGAUCAUGACGGAGAUGUCAACAUGGGCGAGAACGGGGACAUGUCACCCCGGUCUACCAAGCACUUUAACUUUUUUACCCCUGGUCAAAGAUCCAACAUGGAGCGAAAGGUAGCUCGAGGCGGCGCAAACAUCAACGUUGACUGGUUAUACGACGAUAGCGUGGAUCUUAUCCAGAAGACGGUGGAGGAUUUCCGAGAGCAACGACUCAGCAUGGUGCAGAGCCUGCGACAGUAUGUUCUCUGCUAUGAGACAGUCCUCGAAUGGGUAACGAGGAUGAACGAGCGAGCGUCAAGCGCUCCAAACGGACGACUACGAAGUGGCAGCCUUCGCCACUAGAACCAGGAUGCAUCACGAAUAAGUAACGGUUAUUAUGGAGCACACUUGCAUAUGACACAUGGAAUAAUGCAACAAACGGAAACUGGAUGGAUGGUACAGGCGUUUAAUGGUACAGCUGCGUAUGAUUCUAUAAGGAGGCUAGCACAGCGAGCAUGCAAUGCUUACGAAAGAGACAUUAUAAAAAAUCAACGUUAAGGGGGACCUUGGUUUGAUACUUACUAUGAGUAGGAUUGGUUCUUAGGGUUUUCUGUAUAGUAGAACAAAAAGGUAUGAUGGAAGGGGAACGGAGCAACCUUGGAAUCAUUGGACUUGCAUAGUAGGGUCAUGAAAGGCUACAUUGCGUGUGCGAUUACCAUUGCGAGAGAUUCGUUUAUGUGAGAUGUAUGAUAACAGAAUAGGUUAAGUUAAUUUGUAGUAAAAUAACUUAUACUAUGGUCCUGAGGAUAUGGAGCCACGUCUGGAUAUAUCACAUAUUAUCGUGGAGCUAUGUUAGCCCAUCAAUACAACAACAAUAGAGAAUGUUGUUAUUCCAAAUAUAUCGAUUUCCCAAUUGGUCCU